AUGGCAGCGGCAGCGUCGGCGCCUCCGCCGCCUCUGCUGGACGCAGCGGCGACGGCGCAAGCGGUGCAGACGUUGCAGGAGGUGACGGGGGUGGCGGACGAGACGCACUGCCGCCAGGUGCUGGAGGCGCACGCGUGGGACGUCAACGCCGCCGCCAGCACGCUUCUCGCGGUCGCCGCCGCGGAUCGAGAGCACUUUGGUGGCGCUUCCGCGGGCGAUCUGGGAGGCGGCAUCGGCGGCGGAGAUGCCGCCGCUGCUGCUGCCGGCAGGUUAGGCGUGGCUGCGGGCAGUUCCGGCGGCACCAGCUUGGCGCGUUCCGCCGGCGCAGGGGGAGGGGCUACAGCAGCAACAGCAGGAGGAGCGGGAGGAGCAGGAGGGGGAGGCGGAGGCCCCAUCGGCAACUCGAAUCUGCGCGCUCGGACGGGAGGGCUUGUGUCUGGGGGAAGCGGAGGCGGAGGCAUCGGCGGCGGCGGCGGUGGUGGAGGGGGAAGCAGUCCCGCCGCAGCAGGAGCGACUGCGGACGGCGCCACGGGCGCACUCCCUCCCGCCGUUUCCGCGCACCGUUCGGGCCGCGCGCCAGUCCGCGCGUCCCACCGCAACUCAUCGUCGUCGCUCCUCUCGCGCCUACUGUCACUCCCCUUUUGGGUGCUCCGCGGAGGGCUGGGGGUCAUGGCUAGUCUCUUCGGCCUAGGCUUGUGGGCGGCCGGCGGUGUCCUAUCCACGUUCUUCGCUUCUCUAAGCUCCGUGACGCUCUGGCUAGCGGGCGGGCCGCACCCGUACAGCGGGCAUCAGGGGACCAUCGGCGUGCUUCACCCUUCGCAGCAGGCCGGGGGAGCGGCGCAACAACAGGCGCAGCGGGGGGCCGGAGGGGGAGGGGGAGGGGGAAACCAGCAGGCGCAAGACGCGGCGGUCUUCCGCCAGCGGUUCGAAGCGGAGUUCGGGACCGCGCACCCGGAGUUCUUUCCGGGGAGCUUCGCGGACGCGCUCCGGCGCUCGGGCGAGCAGUUCCGCUUCCUGCUGGUGUACCUGCACGCGCCGGAGCACGCGGCGACGCCUCGGUUCUGCCGCGACACGCUGUGCGACCCGGAGGUGGUGCGCGUGAUAGACGAGCAGCUGGUGCUGUGGGCGGCGGACGUGCGCAGCGUGGAGGGCUUCCAGAUGAGCCACCGCCUGCACGCCGUGCGCUUCCCCUUCCUCGCGCUCAUCACCGCCGCGCCGGGCGGACGCGUGGCGCUGCUGCAGCAGGUGCGCGGCGCGCGGUGGGAGGGGAAGGGGAGGGAGGGAAGCGGAUUGGGGGGAGGGGAGGGGAAGGGUGUUGAAGGAACGAGGGAGAGGGGGGAUUGGGAAAAGAGGGAGGCAAGGAUUGGGGUGAUCCAGGGCUACGUAUCGGCGGGAGAGCUGAGGGCAGCGUUGGAGCGCGCGGUGGAGGACCAUGGCGCGGUGCUGGUGGCGGCCAGGGCGGACGCGGAGGAGAGGGCGCUCACCCGCCGCCUCCGCGAGGAGCAGGACGCCGCCUUCCACGCUGCGCUGCUCGCUGACCAGGAGCGCGAGAGGGAACGGGAGGAAGCUGCGAGGAAGCAGCGGGAGGAGGAGGCUGCGGCAGCACGGCGGGCGGAGGAGGAGGCAGAGCAGCAGCGGCAGGUAGAAAGAGCAGCCGCGGAGAAAGCAGCUGUGGUGGAGAGGAGACGGUCAGAGGCCAUGGGUAGACUGGGGGAGCAGCCAGAGAAAGGCCCAGACACCACUCAGGUGCUGAUCCGCAUGCCAGGGGGCGAGCGCAAGGAGCGGCGGUUCCUGUCGAGCGACCGCGUGCAGGCCCUCUACGACUACGUGGACUCGGAGGCGCUGGGUUCCCUGCUGCCGUCACACCACUACCUGCUCGUCUCCAACUUCCCCCGCACCGUGUACGACGCUGAAAAGCGUUCCAAGACGCUGCAGGAAGCAGGGCUGCACCCGCACGCCAGCCUGUUCGUACAGAUGGAGGAGGAGCCUCGGGAGGACGUUGAGAGGCCAGUUGAGCCCAAGGGGAAGGAUCUGUAG